AUGGGAUAGUGCUAAGUACCACAAAUGCAAUAAAUGGAAGAUGAUUUUGCAGCAAUUUAAAGAAAUGCAGUAACACUCAAAGCAGUGCCUGAAAAACUUAAUCAAUUGGAAGCUUAGAUAAAUGGUAUCAAAAGUACAGCUGAAUAGCUCACUAAUUCAGUCAAUAGCAUAUUGCACACCAUAGAAAAUAUACAAAAGAGUCUCCCAUGA